AUGGCCAGCGGCAUCCCACCUUCAACAAGCUUCGCGCGAGAGAGGGACAGAGACGCCGUCAUCAUUCUUGCGAGUGUGGCCCGUUUUCUGCCAUGGAAAGCCAAAAGUUUCGAGCCUCAUCCUUUGGCUGUCCAAAGCCGCCGGAGCUGCCUCAAUGGCCGUGUGCAAAUUGACACCACCAACUCAACUAUGGUUACGGGUCCCGCGAACACCGCAUUCUUAGCCUCAAAAGAGUCAAAGACUCUAGGUACUGCGUGCUCUCCCACUAUCUCUGACUGGAGGAGAGCCGCCUCUACCCCUACCUUUACGCAAGCUACCCCUGCCAACCGGCCCCUCCACUCAGUCUACCUACUCGCAAGCAGUCUCGCAGAAAAGACAUUCAUCAUCACCACUUGA